AUGGAGACCAAUAACGAGAAGAAUGCGGUGCUUCUUAGUGGUAUAUCGUUUCCCCUACUCAACCAAGAAGACGAUUACUCCGCCUCCAUGGACGGCUGCACCUACACCAAGCUUGUCACGUUCGACAGUUGGGUCUGGCAAGAGGCCUGCAGACGAUGCGAAAUCAUCCAACACCCUCUUAUCGACUUGAGGGUUGGGCCACUUUGGCAUCGAAACGAAGCCGUCAUCAGACACGCUAUGUGCUAUCGGUAUUCUACAACUUUUACUCCCCGCGGGCACGAAAAUGAGAGCAACGAGCAGGACAUGGAAGGUCACCGUGAGUACAUUGCUCGGGCUGCACUGAGACUCGAUCGACGUGUCUCUCAAAGCAUACCUCCCUGGCAUCCGGAGAACCGAGAAGUCGAUGUCUUGUCCCUGGCUUCGAGUCAUGGUAUUAGGUGGAAGAUGAAAACAGUUAAGGGGGAUACUAUUCCAAAGCUUCGAAGAAUUCCUGAUUCUUGUAUCAAAUGGGUUGAGCCUGAGCAUUUGGAGGCUGCUAAGCAGGAGUACAAUAAGCAGGAGAAUCAUGAGCAGGAUCACUUGGCCCCGAUUGGUCAAUGGCCAGACGAUUCUAUACAGUCAAUUAUUCAUGCUCAUAUGAAUGGCUAUCACAUUGUUUGCGAACGAGGUCGGGAUCCCGACGAUAACUUCUUUCACCCAGAGCUUUACUCAUCUUUGACUACCACCAUCGACAAAACCGCUUUCGAGGCUUUUUCUAAGAUGGAUCUCCGGGGAAACGGCCCAGAAAUCAAGGACCCAGCUAUCAAUCGACUUUGGCAAUCUCAGGAGAACGGGAAAACACGUUAUAUGACAGAUCAUACCAAGCUACAAUUCAUCAUUCAGCAACAUAUUGAUGGCGAUGCUAUUUUUGAGCUGAUCACAUACGAGAGCGAACCUAGACCAGCCACCAAAAAGAACCCCGUCGGACUCCUACAAGCCGUGGUCGUCUUUCAGGUCAAAUUUGUUACCAAGAGCCCAUUUCGUCUCCGGCUUAAUCUUUACAACUUACGACAGAAGCAAGAUAUAUACUACCUUUUCUUGCCUCCACGAUCACAUCAAGCGCGAGAUUCACCCCGAACUUCCCAAGCACGAGAGCAACGUAUUGGUCGAGUUGCCCGGCUCCAGGGUUUCCGAUACAACGUCCAAGUCGAACUAUCUCCAUCGUUUGUACAUCCUCGAUCAACUUGGGAAAUUCUUCAGUCCAAUCUCACUGGCCUGGGCAAGAAUCUCAACAAGCCUAUUCAGAUUGCCGUGUACGCUUUCUAUAUGGCUCAAGUCAAGUUAUUGGACCAUGAACUGAAUGACCUCGUUCUUAAUGAGAUCAUUAUAGCAGAGGAACGACAUCACAUCAAGACAUCUAGUCUUGAUUCUGCGCAAGGCAACGAGGCACAUGUGGUAUUCAUCGACUACGGCCUUGUUUCCGACAUCGGGUUACAGCAGAGAGCUAUCGGACCUCAAUUUGCUUCUUCAAACUUGUACUGGGCCAGCGCAGCUGGUCUCAAACGUGCCUAUUACCGCAUUUCAUUCGAUUUGCUCGUCAAUCACCGUCCUGCAUUAUCCAUCAUGGCGCCACCUGCGCAACACGGCGUGUCCGACGAGAAUGAAAGCACCGGUCAUGUUAGAGAUCUGGCUAUUCGUUGGUUGGACAAGGACAUGGACGCUGUCGCUUUCACCGAUUUUUUCCACGAACUCUGCGAAAAACAUGAAUUACUUCAGCAGUGUCUGAUCGAAAUCAAGAAAAUUCAAACCGCCAACAAGACAUGUAUCAACCAUUGCCUCGAACUUGGCGAGCGAGUGUCAUCAUCACCAUGGAUCAACGGGGCGCCACGCUACCAGGAAGUGAUUGAUUUUCACAUCAAGCUAAUCCGCAACAUGGAAAUCAUGAAUCGAAAAGCAGUAAACCUGAUUUCAAAUACUAUCGAGGUCGCCGAGAAACACCUCCAGGCUACUGCAUCGUCACUUGCAUCGAUUGUGAACCAGUGGAAUGGACCCUAUGAAGAUGAAGCAAUAUUUGCAACACUGCAGAUGUGCAAGGAUGACUGCGAGUGGAUGCAGAGAGAGAUCCCUAGGACUGUGGCCACAUUGGCUGGGAUGGGGCAUCAAAUUGAGAAGCAUAAGAAUGCGCUGUCCGGGUUCCUGUAA